GCUUCGGCGCGCGGCGCCCCGGGGGGGGGGAGCGGCGGCGCGAUGGAGUUCCCCGGGGGCAGUGACAAUUACCUGGCCAUCACCGGCGCCUCCCACCCCUUCCUCAGCGGGGCCGAGACGUUCCACACGCCCAGCCUGGGCGACGAGGAGUUUGAGAUCCCCCCGAUCCCGCUGGACUCGGACCCCUCGCUGGCCGUGGUCGGGCACUUUGAGGACCUGCCCGAGCCCGGCGGCGCCCCCGAGGCCCCGUUCGCGCCCCCCCGGCUACGGCGUGGGGGGGCUGGAGCUGCCCGUGGCCGUGGGGCUGCCCCCGGGCAUGAUGGAGCAGCCGGGGGGGCUGCUCAACAUG